UCGGGAGAUUUUUUGGGGGAGGCAAGCUGACUGGCUCCAGCGCGAUGAAGGGAGAGGCGGAAGUGAAGUCAUUUGACAGAGCGUCCAUGUUAUUAUUGUUAUUUUGGUAGCCCUGUGAUGAGACGGGCUGGGGAGCCGUUGGUCUCCGAGACACCGACCGUUAACGUUACCGCAGGGUGCCCCGGACCGACACGCCCUCACCACAACCACCACCCUACUGACCCGGAGACAGGGGCCUCGCUGACGGCUGGGUUGGGGGGGGAGGAGGGCGUGAGGACCCAGCUCCAGCUCGGCUCCUGCACUCCGGCAGACCAAAAAUAAAACGGCGACAAAAACAAUAACGACGUUCGUCUAACGGCUCUACUGGUGUCUAUGCGGCUUGUAGCAGAGACGUGCCGCCGCAGACAUGAACGGUAUCACCAAGGGCCGGUUCGAGGUGUUCUCAAACAGCGAUGAAGCCCCCAUUAAUAAGAAGCUCCCCAAAGAGCUUCUUCUUAGAAUAUUCUCCUAUCUAGAUGUGGUUACUCUCUGUAGGUGUGCCCAAGUAUCCAAGGCGUGGAAUGUACUGGCUCUAGAUGGCAGUAACUGGCAGAAGAUUGACUUGUUCAACUUCCAGACAGACAUAGAGGGGCGGGUGGUGGAGAACAUUUCGAAGCGUUGUGGAGGCUUCUUGAGGCAGCUGAGCCUCAGGGGCUGCCUGAGUGUGGGAGACGCCUCCAUGAAGACAUUUGCUCAGAACUGCAGAAACAUCGAAGUGUUGAACCUGAACGGCUGCACCAAGAUCACAGACAGCACUUGUCUCAGUCUCAGCAAGUUUUGCUCCAAACUCAAACAGCUGGAUCUCACCUCCUGUGUGUCCGUCAGCAACCACUCCCUCAAGGCCCUCAGUGAUGGCUGCAGAAUGCUGGAGAUGUUGAACCUGUCGUGGUGUGACCAGAUCACACGUGAUGGCAUUGAGGCUCUGGCUAGAGGCUGCAACGGUAUACGAGCACUGUUCCUCAGAGGCUGUACACAGCUGGAUGAUGGAGCAUUGAAACACCUUCAGAAACACUGCCCAGAACUCACCACCAUCAAUAUGCAGUCUUGCACACAAAUAACAGAUGAAGGUCUGGUCAAUCUGUGCCGAGGAUGCCACAAGCUACAGAUCCUUUGUGUGUCUGGCUGUAGUAACAUCACUGAUGCCUCCCUCACUGCUAUGGGACUCAACUGUCCCCGACUCAAGAUCCUUGAAGCUGCAAGAUGCUCCCAUGUUACAGACGCUGGGUUCACUGUCCUAGCCAGAAAUUGUCACGAGCUUGAAAAAAUGGACUUAGAAGAAUGUAUUUUGGUGACAGAUAACACCCUGGUUCAGCUGUCUAUCCACUGCCCUCUCCUGCAAGCACUGGUAAACAUUUACACCUGCAGCUCUGAGUUUGUGCCAGGUUCUGCCUCAGCCUGUCUGCAUGCAUAUAGAGCUUUAAUCCAUUUAUCUGUGUGUCUUCAACCCUCUCUGCUGUGCCCUGGACAGUCUCUGUCCCACUGCGAGCUGAUCACAGACGAUGGCAUCAGAGCUCUCAGCAGUAGUACCUGUGGCCAAGAGCGCCUCACAGUGGUGGAGCUGGACAACUGCCCCCUCAUCACAGACGUGACCCUGGAGCACCUGAAGAGCUGCCAUCGCCUGGAGCGCAUUGAGCUCUAUGACUGUCAGCAAGUCACCAGGGCUGGCAUCAAACGCAUCCGGGCCCACCUUCCAGAGAUCAAGGUCCAUGCCUACUUUGCCCCAGUGACACCUCCUCCUUCUGUACAUGGAGGUGGUCAGCGUCUGUGCCGCUGCUGCAUCAUCCUCUGACAGUGGAGGGCCAGGGGGGGCCACCUCUGUCUACAGGUCCUGCUGCUCUGAUAUGGGCUGAAAUGGGGUGGGGUGGGAUGUGGGGGGAGCGGACUCGGGUAGGUGUAGGGGAGAGGAGGGGCUGGACCCACUCACUGCUCCUGAUCACUGAUCAAUACAUAGACUGAUCACCACUUAUCCCUGAUCAGUUGAACCCGCCCCUCCUCUCUCCUCUUGCUCACCAGUCAGCAUUGCAGCUACCCCGGGUUUUGGCUUAGAGGGGUAGGUGGAAAGAACACUGAUGGAUGGACUCUCUUUUUCUCUCUCUGUCUCAUGCUGUCUUUCUUGCUGUAAAGACAAAAACAGGUUCUCCGCUCCAUUCUGCUUUUCACACCCCCCGACUCCCCACAUGUGGGCAUAUAGGUUUGCAUCUGGACAGCUGCAGGUGUGUGUGUGUGUGUGUGUGUGUGUGUGUGGGAGGGGGGUGGGGGGGUUGAACAGUGGGACUACAAUGCAUCAUGUUCAAACAAAAAAAAAAAAAGACGAUAUUGUCAUAUUGGACAACAGUUGGCUCUCUGUGGAGUAUCAUCUCAACCAAUCACAUGACACUUCAAUGUGACCAUCCUGUGAUUCAUUGUGCUUUGACCAAUAAACACACAGCAUGGAGGGAGAGGAAAGCUGGGUUGUGGGAAAUGCAGAUCUUCUGGAUAUAAACAGUGAAGCACCGCCAGUUCAACACUCUAAUGUGGAAGAAUUGAAGAAAUAACAGGAAGCACCGAGUGGGACGUAUUUGUGCAUCUGAGAAACUUUUGUUGAGAUUAUGAUUCUGUUCAUACAGAGAAUGUUUUGCAAUGGAAAAAAAGAAUUGCACUUAUGGCAACUGACUCAAAAUUGGGGUAGUCCAACCGAAAAUUGUUUUCUUUUCUUUUCGUUUUUCAGUGCUUAUUGUAAUUGUCCAUGCCUGUCUGUCCAGAGAGGGAGAGAUAUGUUUGUCAUUCUUUUUGAAAAAGAAAAGAAGAAACUGUUGCUGUUUGAGAACAAAAAGGACCCAUGAUUCAGACCCUCAGCGUCUAAAAGCGUUGACUCUGGAUGCUCCUGGGAUGAGUGGCCUCUCCUUUGUAACGUGUGGGUAUGUUUGCUUGUAGGCCCUGAUCCAAUCCUGUCAGUAGUCCUGUGCACUAGCUCCUACUUGACCACUUAAGCAUUUGUUUACAUCCUGGAUUAAGUUAGCACCAGAGACAAGCUUGUUUACAUCAGUAGGUUUCCAGUCUCCCUACUAUUCAGAGUGAGUUUAGUAACACUGAUACAACUGUGGUAUAUCCACUGUUUUUAUUCAAAUGUAUUGCUGUGUGUAUUUGGAUAUCAAUCAGGGCUAACGGUGCAACUUUGCCUCAAAAUGAAAUGGAAAUUUGCUUAAAGCUGAGAUAAUAGGUGUGAGAAUGUGAGCAAAGGCACCUCAACUUCUUGACAAUCACAUGAAUUUAUGUAUUUGAAAGUUAAUUUAAUGUAGUUUUGUGUAAUUGGCAAUUUACUGAUGAUGUACGAUGUGAUAAAUUGUCUGUAUUCAAUAUACCCCACUCACUUAAUGCCCCAAGCAGCACAUGCUGAACUAUUUAGAACUUGACUAUUGAUCCAGGUGUUUGAUGGAACUUGAUCUAAUGUGUCUAAUUGAUCAGCAACAAAUUCCCACUCACCCAAUCCUACAAACAUAGUUGACAGCGGGAAUGUGGUAUGUGGUGACUGAAAAGCCCCAGAACCAACAGUUUAUUUCACUCUGUACAGACACUCCUUCAGAUCAACAGGAUCUUGACAUUAUCUGUCUUGCCAUGCAGACUAACACAUGUAUGGGGCAUGAAAUACCACUACUCAAAGCACUGAAAAUGCAACAAAACAGCAGCUUGCAAUAUUGUGCUGAACAAGAGACUGGCAAGUGCUAUGUAGUGCAAAGUGCUCAAAGACUGGGGAGAUUGGCAGGACUAUGGAUAGGACUAAAACAAGUAGAGCAGAUGGAAAGAUGAACAAAGACUCAGAUGGAUACAUAGCUGACUUGAGUUAUGAGCUAUGAUACUAAUGUCCUCUCUUUGACAGCUGUUUUAACAGUUUUAUGUUUAAGAAAAAAAAAAGAAAUAAAUGAAAAAAAUAAGCAAAUGAAUAAAUAAAAGUAACUAAUAGUAAAUGUG